AUGUCCACCUUUGGUCGUCAGUCUUCAGACUCUGCGCCAGUGCUUUCCAUGCCACCUCAACCUCUCCUUCAGAAUCCCUUUGGAGGCGCGGUUUUCACUCCCAGUUACCCUGCACCAGAAUCACACUACACCUCUGGUUUUCCCCCAGCGGCGCCCACGGCCAGGAAACGCUCACGCGACGAGGCUGCCGUCAAUCUUGAACCCGAUGCGCCUUCCGCUCCCUUAGAGGAAGAGUCCGAGGAAGGAUGGACGCUUGGCCCGGGCAUGACUCUCAUCAAGCCGAACAAAGGCUAUGUUGCAGACGCGGCGAGUCAAUCUGGUACCUGGCUUGAAGAGCGCAAGGCUGCCGAUGAGGAGGCACGCCUCAAAUUCGAGCGUGAUCAAUUGGCCGCGCGCAGCAAGAAGCUGCAGCGUGUAGACACCAGUGAUCCCACUCUACUGCCUCUCACACCAGCGGCCUCUGACAUUACCUCGUCGCCCCCGAAAGCAGCACCCGUCGUGGAUGACUUCACCGUACACCUCGGCAUUGGGUGGCGCAAGAUCAGCGACGACGAGCACAUCCAGGCGGCUGCCCGCGGCUGGGCGCGUUUCAUCGAAAAGCACUAUCCUGUGAGCAAUGCGCAAAUUCGCCUCGAAAGCAAGGGCCUCGAGUCUUAUCUCGUCGAGUGCAACGAAGGCUUCUUCCUCUUCGCAGAGGACCUUCGUCAGGGGCGCCUCGUCAGCACCAACAUUGAGGGCGCUUUCCGCAACUUGCAGUCCUCGCCGCCCGUGUUUGACGGUGCGGAUACCCUCAAGGCUGUGGAAUCGCCCCCGCCCAUGACGUCGCAAGCGGAGCUACAGUUGGAGGCGCAGAUGCACCUGGAUUAA